CUAAUUCUAUCAUAUAUAAAUACUCGACAGUCACCACUCACACCAAAUCUCAUUCCUGCAGAACCCUAAUCCCUCCUCCAGAGUAACUGCGGCCGAACAGCUCCAAGUUUCGCCAACUAUGACGUUCAAGCGCAGGAAUGGAGGUCGCAACAAGCACGGCCGUGGCCAUGUCAAAUUCAUCCGUUGCUCGAACUGUGGAAAAUGCUGCCCUAAGGAUAAGGCCAUCAAGCGUUUUCUUGUGAGGAACAUUGUUGAACAGGCUGCUGUCAGAGAUGUUCAGGAAGCUUGUGUUUAUGAUCAAUACACUCUUCCUAAGCUCUAUGUCAAGAUGCAAUACUGUGUGUCCUGCGCUAUUCACUCUCAUGUUGUGAGGGUCAGAUCUCGCACUGAUAGGAGGAAGCGUGACCCUCCUCAGCGUUUCAUUAGGCGCAGGGAUGAUGCUCCAAGACCCGGCCAACCCGGUCAAGCUCCCCGCCCUGCUGGACCCGGUGCUCCCCCAGCCCGUACCUAGAAGAACCUGAUCUGAUGCAUUUUUAUCUUGUUGAGUCAGUUUGAUAUCAUGAACCUAAUUUUGUUUACUUAUUUUUAGAUUCCAGUUGUGUAGCCACAAAAUAUUAUCACAAAACUUUCAGCAUGCGUUUUUUGGCAAUUCCUACAUUUGGAUAAUUUUAAUCUGAUACUUUUAA